UKGCCAAAUGUACUGCGGGCUCAGUAACCCAUGUGGCUGUAGAAACGACAAGAGAAAAAGYAAAUUUUUCACGACAAAAUUUAGCUUUAAAAUGUCUGAUUUUGGUUUAGGCGAUAGCUCCAGUGGUGGGCUUGAUAGCUCAAAGAGAGCACAAGUUAUGGAUCAAGUUAAAAGUCAAAUCGCUGUCGCGGCCGCUCAAGAAUUAAAAUGUAUAGCUUUAUGUAUGGACAGAUACAUGGAUUCAUGGAAUACAGUAUCAAGAGCAUAUAAUGCAAGAUUACAAAGGGAACACAGUAGUGGAGGACUUCAUUAAAUCAUAGGAUUUUCACAUUUACAUCAAGAAAUGGACACUAAAUAAG